AUGGCGGUUAACGUGUUGUACGUUGCUUUGAUUGUCUGUUCCUUGUGGAACACACCUGUCGUUAAUGGGGUGGAUCUUAACGUGUUGUGCCAAGACGUUCGUUUCGCUACUUUCCCGCAUCCAAACGAUUGCCGACAGUACGUGCUGUGCAUUCUUUCGGCGCCAGUUGUGGUGCCGUGUCCAGCCGGAUACGUAUUCCAUCCGGAGGUGCAGUUUUGUGUACAAGAGUCACAGUACCAGUGUGAUUUGGGUGCCAAAGUUACAACCACCACGCCCGAACCACAGUCCACUACCACAUUGGAACCGGAGUGCGUUCGACGUCCAACCUGGGAAUCAUUCUUCUGCGAUGGCGUACGUCGGCGACUCGUCACAAAUCCCAUGAACUGCACCCAAUACAUCCACUGCCAAACGGAUCCACCGAGGAAUCAUCUUUGUCCAGCAGGAACUGUCUUUAAUGAUUUGUACCAAGACUGUCUGUCUGGAGACACCCAGUCCUCUGAGUCCUGUGUAGAAGAAAAUGAGCUAACGGCAAAUCCAUCCAGCUGCAGCCAAUAUUAUCGCUGUCUGAGCGGUGAACGUAUUCUGUUCAGCUGCACUGAGAAUAAGCUGUUCAAUCCCACUACUAAACGAUGUGUAGCAUCCGACACCUACUCCUGCGAUGAACAGCAACCAGAGUUGUUGUCAACGUCAGCACCAUCAGCAUAUUGUCUGGCGAAUAAAAAUGGACUUGUGGCACAUGCAUCCGAUUGCGAUAAAUUCGUAGUGUGUGAGGAUGGUAUCGAGAAGAUCCACACCUGUCCACAGGGUGAACAAUUUUCCUGGAAGAAACUAGCAUGUGGCGUCGACUUUCCUUGCGGAGAGUACGUUGAAAGGCAAGGUACAUCGUUGGAAGCGGUUGCAUGUGCCAAACAAACGCUACUGCUGGCAAAACAUCCUUACGACGUUGAUAAGUAUGUAGACUGCAAGGAUAAGGAGCUCCGGAGCUGUGAUAAUGGUGCCAUAUUCCGCUGGAACUAUCAACGCUGCCUACCUGGUGUGGUAUCGACCAAUGAACUGAAGAGUGCAUCGCCUAAUUGUGGCGCCUUUGGGCAAAGCUCUCACCCUUAUCUUUGUGAGAAGUACUUCAAGUGUUUUUUCUGGAUCUCGUCACUAAAGUCAUGCCCUCUUGGUAUGAUCUACAAUGCAACGCAGGAAGUUUGUACUUCAGGGGACUUUCAAACAUGUUCAUUUGCACAAAACUAA